AUGGCCCCAAAGAACAACCAAGCUGUUUGGAGGAGUACAGUGAUUUUGACAUUGGCCAUGAUGUUUUUGAUGUGGGCCAUUACGUUUCUAUGCCAGCUCCAUCCCUUGGUGGCUCCACGCCGGUCAGAUUUGAGACCUGAGUUUGCAGAAUAA